AUGGCGAACGAAUUAGAUGACUGGCUUAAUGCGUAUAAUUUUGACAACGAUUAUAUGCCAGUGGGUGUAACGAACGAACCCAGUGCCAACCUUCAAAACCAAGUACAUCAAACAUCAACAGGUGCGCCAUGGGUUGGAAACGCACCGGCCCCGGUGGCAGGGAUGUAUCCCAAUGGAAGUCAGGAGGAAGAACCAUUUGAUGAAACUGAGACGGAGAGCAGCCUGCUGGAGGAGCGUGUCCGAUCUCUCGAAGAAAGCUUGAGCAAAUAUCGGAAAGCCACUGUUCGAAUGAGCGAGAAAGUUAAGGAGUUGCCAUCCGAGGGCACGUUGAAAAAUCUACAAGUCAAACAGGGCGAAAUUUCCAAGAAUAUCAAGGACCUACAGUCCAAAAUUACCGAGAUCUACGCCAGAGAUUUGCAACAUACGCAGCUAUCUGGAAAGGUUGAUAAUCUGCAGGCUUGGGCUAUCGACAUGAAGGGUACUCUGGACAAGGCCGUCAAUGCAAUGAAGUCUAUGCGGGCCGAGAACGAAAACACCACUGCGUCACAUCGCCAAAGGAACAACCAGCGAAUUCGUCGGAGUAGGGUAGUGUGA